ACACCUGCUAGUAUGAUUGUACAAACCCAUCUGCAGGUUAGCCCAACAAAUGCAGGGUGAACCUGAAGAGUACCACAGUUAUAUCUCUUGGCUCUGCAGCAUUGAAGACAACAUCCCAGGCAGACCUCAUGUACUCAACAGUGCCAAGAGAAACUGCUACAGCAGAAAAUACCAAGAGAGAAAGAACACCAACUCCUCCACACCUCAAGAUCGCCCAAGAAAUCAAUGGACAGGUGAAAAGCGCAAAAGAGAUCCCAAUGAUGGACAAAAACCUCAAUUUUGUUGGAAGUGCAAGAAAGGACCACACCCACCAAAUGAAUGCCACAGUGUGCCAUGGAAAAAAGACUUUGGCAAGCCAAAAAACUAGAUGGACCAGUACUGGGAGCUGCUACUGUACUGGGCAUUGCCGCACUGCAAGACACCCCAAGGACCAAAAUCAGCAUAUUGCCUCCUAGACAGCAGAGCUGAAGCAAACUUCAUACAACAGCAUUGGGCCAAGCAACACCUCCCUGACAUUGAUAGCCCAGUGUGCCAAGUGAGGGCCAUCAAUGACACCACUGUCAAAUCAUAUGGCUCAUGAGAACUACACCUCACAAUUGGCAAUACACAUAUGGAACUUCAAGACC